UGGCCAGGUUGCCUGUCACCGAGACAUCAGUAGAGGCACGAGUUCGCGCUGCUCUCGCUGAAGUGUGAUCAGUUUCAGCGGCGUAGUGGGACUCAGCGAGACCUGAUGCACAAGUCAAGGCGACGCACAGCGGAGAUGAAGCCGGAUUGGCUCUGAUUUUUAAAAGCCCUUUCAUUCAAGAGGCUGUCCAUUAUCAACAGUCGGUUCCAGUAGCCCCUCAAAAAAUGGCGUCACUUAGCCGGGUCCGAGCCUUUACUUUGAUUUUCUUUACUGCAAGCAGUUUUUUAAUUACUCCCACAAGUGGCAAGGAAGGAGGGGGAGAGGAGACUGUCAUCAUCGGGCUGAGACUGGAGGACACGGACGACAUUUCCUUCAUGGACAGGGGCUAUUUGCGGGUCAGUGAGAGGUCCCGGGUGAGAUUGAGGGUGUACGGGCAAAACAUUAACAACGAGACGUGGUCCAAAAUCGCCUUUACGGAACACGAGAGGAGUCGAGUGAUUGGCAACAUCGACAGCUCCUCAGGAGACAACAAGAGUCAGGAGGACACGUCGGGCUUGCACCCCUGUGGCAUCAGGACUUCAGAUAUUCUGAUCUUACCCAACAUCAUUUUAACCCGCAAGACGUCUGGCAUCGUGGAAAUCGAGGUCAAACCUUUACGAAAGACGGAGAGGAGCAAAGCUUACUACCUGUGCAUCGCCACUUCCACACCUGCUGUGGCUGGCAUGCACGACCCUUGGACGGAGACCACGUGGAUCUAUCACGAUGGAGAGGACACCAAAGUGAUCGUGGUGGAGGAGAGAAAGUUUCUGCUCCCUUUCUGGCUCCAGGUCACCUUUAUUUCCAUGUUGCUCUGCCUCUCGGGCAUGUUCAGCGGCUUGAACCUGGGUCUGAUGGCGCUGGAUCCCAUGGAGCUCCAGAUCGUCCAGAACUGCGGGACAGAGAAGGAGAAGAACUACGCCAGGAAGAUCGAACCUGUCAGGAGUCAAGGAAACUACCUGCUUUGCUCGCUUCUUCUGGGGAAUGUUCUGGUCAACACGACCUUGACCAUUUUGUUGGAUGAUAUCGCCGGUUCUGGAUUGAUAGCUGUAGUGAUGUCAACCAUUGGCAUUGUGAUAUUUGGGGAGAUUGUGCCUCAAGCUAUAUGUUCACGACACGGUCUCGCUGUGGGUGCGAAUACAAUCUUCUUGACUAAAUUCUUCAUGCUGCUCACAUUCCCUGCGUCCUAUCCGGUAAGUAAACUGCUUGACUAUCUCCUCGGACAGGAGAUUGGCACCGUGUACAACCGAGAGAAGCUGUUGGAGAUGUUGAGGGUCACGGAUCCCUAUAAUGACUUGGUGAAAGAGGAGUUAAACAUCAUUCAGGGCGCGCUGGAGCUCAGGACUAAGACAGUGGAAGAUGUGAUGACCCCGUUGCGCGAUUGCUUCAUGAUCGCCAGCGACGCCACGCUCGACUUCAACUCCAUGAGUGAGAUCAUGGAGAGCGGCUACACGCGCAUUCCGGUAUUCGAGGGCGACAGGUCCAACAUCGUGGACUUGCUGUUCGUGAAGGACCUUGCGUUUGUGGAUCCCGACGACUGCACCCCGCUGAAGACGAUAACGAAAUUCUACAGCCAUCCCUUACAUUUCGUCUUCAACGACACUAAACUCGACGCUAUGCUGGAGGAGUUCAAGAAAGGUAAAUCUCACCUGGCAAUAGUCCAGCGGGUUAACAACGAAGGAGAAGGCGACCCCUUCUAUGAAGUUCUUGGCAUUAUCACCCUGGAGGAUGUCAUUGAAGAAAUCAUCAAGUCUGAAAUCUUGGAUGAGACAGACUUAUAUACCGACAACAAAACAAAAAAGAAAAUCGCCCAUCGAGAGCGGAAGCAGGAUUUCUCGGCUUUCAAGCACAUGGACAAUGAAAUGAAGGUUAAAAUAUCACCUCAGCUUCUACUGGCUACUCUGCGUUUCCUAGCAACAGAAGUUGAGUUAUUCAGUCCCAUCCAGAUGUCUGAGAAGAUCCUUCUGCGUCUCCUCAAGCACCCCAACGUCAUCCAGGAGGUCAAAUAUAAUGAGAAGAAUAAGAAGGCCAUGGAGCAUUACCUUUUCCACCGCAACAAGCCCGUAGACUAUUUCAUCCUCAUUCUGCAGGGGAAGGUGGAAGUGGAGGCAGGGAAGGAGGGAAUGAAGUUUGAAGCUGGAGCUUUCUCCUCGUAUGGGAUCAUGGCUCUCACUGCUUCUCCAGUUUCUCGUACCUUUGUGGUCAGUAGGGCUGAGUCUGUUGCUGGAUCUCCAGAAAACAAAUCCCCUCCUCGGCCAUUUGGGCUGAACCAUUCUGACUCGUUAAAUCGUAGCGAGCGGAUUGAAUCCAUCACACCGUCAUUGGGCAGCAGUAACAACCAGCUCAAUGCCUUCCUGCAUAUCUAUGUGCCAGACUAUUCUGUCAGGGCUGUGGCAGACGUACAGUACAUUAAGGUAACACGCCAGCAGUAUCAGAACGCCGUCAUGGCAUCACGCAUUGACAAGACGCCACAGUCCUCGGACAGCGAGUACACCAAAAUCGAAAUGACUUUGACAGAGCUCCAUGACGGAGUGACCGAUGAAACCACCGCUCUCUUCAACCAGACACAGAACUGCGUAGCCCACAUCAAGUCGAACCACACAGGACACGGUGAGGGGGCCAUCUAGAGCUGCUUCACCAGCCCAAACAACUCUAAUCUGGUAGUGCAGUACAACUGGGGCCAGAGCUUGGGUUGACCCAAGGCAAAAUGGGAUAGUCCAGUGACAUGCUUUGGUCCCGUUAAGAUUUCAGAUAAACCACAGCGUUUAUGUCCCCCUCAGCCAAAGAGUUUGGAGGACGGACAGUCUUGUGCUCGUACGAGCCCCUCCAGCUACACUCAAACUGCCCUGUGAUGUUCACAAACACAGAAGAAAUACUCCAGGCAGAUUCUGUAAUAGGGUAAAACAAAGACUGCUCCAAAUACUGCUUUGAAGGAAACCGUGAACCAAGAGCAUUCUACUCACAUAUUUAUUUAUUUUUUAUGCAUUUGUAUAUAUGUGCAUGUCUGAGGAUAUAAAUGUCGGCUCAUGCAAACACCUGUCUGUACGUUGUGCAUGUGUGCCUCUAUGAGUGUCACUGAUAUCAUGCACAUGCUAUAUAAACCUAGUUUCAAAAACAUAAUUGUAUAUGUACUGAUGUGGGUCUUUUACAUUUCAGAAAUGGUUAUUUUUUACUGUUCUAAAUCUGGUAUAUCCCACAGUACCUUUUACACUUUUUUUUAAUGAAUCAUUAUAUUGCCUUUAAAAAUCAUAUUAAUUUUUUUUUUUUAACUAGUGCAAUGAAACACAUUUUAUUUAAAAGAUGAUUCGUCAUGAUUACUGUAUUGUAAAUGAUAGAUUAUUAAGUCUUGUAUCAUGUUUGUAUAUUUGAUAUUUUGGAUUCACUUCCAAGGAUGAACAGGUCCUAUUUGUCUGCUUUAAAAGUUUAAGUCUGUCAAAGGCACAAUAACUUUACACUUAAAGCCGAACACUUUCUUAUUUGAACUAAACGCAAAGACCUGUCAGGACUUUAUGCAAGGGAGAAUCCAUAUAUGCAUUAAUGCGAUUCGUAAAUGAAUCCAGCCUGUAACAAAAGGAGUCUUUGCCACGUCAUUAAAACAACUACUACAUUAAAUUGUAAUACCCAUCCAUCGCACAUCUGUAAGAGAGGUCGCUCCUCUUCUUCAAUGGUUAUUUAUAUGAACGCUGGAAACUCCUGCUAUGCAUACAGUUGUAUUAAAAAAAUUCAUUUACUGUUUUGUUAAUGAUAAACCACUUCGAUUUUCCCUUUGCCAUACUCCAAAUGACCAAUAGUGGCGGUAAGGUUUUGCCGAAAUGUUAGUGGUCACAUUUUCCUUUGCUUCCCUCCCCCAUAUCCUCAGAGACCCAAAACAGCUUAUCAACAAACAGCAUAUAACUCAUUCCAAUAACUAUUCCUAUACGUUCGUGUAGGUGGCAGCUGCGUGACCCUGUUUCUACAACGUCAGACUUUGUGGUAAAUCUGAUUCAGGCAGCUUUUAAGACUUCUCUCUACUGUAGAUGUUUUGAUGUGUUCCAAUGGUUACUUGAACCUUAACAGAUAAAUAACAGGAAUGCAUUACUUGUUGUAUUCUAUUAUUUCUACAUGGGUCAGUACCACAGACAGCCACUGCUUGGCACCACGGUCUAACAAUUUAGCCAAGCUCAAGCUUGAUUAGGUAUCUUAAAAUUGUUGCUCUUUAUACCAAAGAUUUUACAUUAGAGGUGAGAUCAGAGAUUGUUGGGUUUUAUAUAGUAAAUAAAAGUCAACUUUGAUUAUUUUUUUUCCCCCCUAGAAAUAUGCUCUUGUGGGGUUAAAUACAUGUUUUCUUAUUUGCUUUGUUAAUGAAUUGUAGCUACUUUGUUACUAAAAUGUAAAACCUAGGGAGGAAUAUGUUUCUAGAGAAAGUGCUAUUAAACGUUCAUCAGUUUCACUAUGGUACUGUGUUCUUUCUGCACUUUUUUGCAUAUUAAACAUCAAAUAUAUCCUGA